AUGACAUUCUUUGAACAAGAAAAGUUUGAAAAGCAGUUGAUAACGCCUUAUGAUAUUCACGAUGUCGUAGCUAUGAAAAGUAUUGCCAGAUUAAAAAAUGAAAACUCACGUGAUACUUGUGGCAGCACACUGCUCACACAGCCCGAUGCACCGUCGGGAAUAGAAAUUAAGUUGUUGGAAAAUGAAAAGAAGUACCAGGUGCUAUUAAAAUCAUUCGAUAACGUUAUCAAGAGAACUGCGGCCGCCACUGGUAUGUGGCGGCUGAACGUACUUUAA